AUGAAUUUUAGCAUGUCGGAAAUAAACAAGCAAAACAACCUUUCUGAUAGAAACGGAACAGCACACUACGGCGAAGACAGUGUGGGGUCCUUCCCGUACUUUGAGUAUAAUGUUCCUCGGAACGUGACCACAGUGGUUGGACAGACCGCUUUUCUACAUUGUAGGGUUGAACAACUAGGGGACAAAGCCGUAUCAUGGAUCAGGAAACGAGAUCUCCAUAUAUUAACUGCCGGAAUUCUUACUUAUACAUCAGAUCAGAGAUUUCAGGUGAUUAGGCCAGAGAAAUCAGAAAAUUGGACGCUACAAAUAAAAUUCCCACAGGAAAGAGACGCUGGAAUUUACGAAUGCCAAGUCAAUACCGAACCCAAAAUGUCUCUGGCUUUCCAACUGAAUGUAGUCGAAGCGAAGGCUCACAUUUUGGGUCCCUUAGACCUGUAUGUGAAGACUGGUAGCUCGUUAUCGCUGACGUGCAUAUUGAGCCAGGGCCCGCAUGACUUAGGCACCAUAUUUUGGUAUAAGGGACACAAUAUAAUAGAGUAUAAGGAACUAGAUGAAGACAACACUCUGUUUGAUGAACCGCGUCUGAGACUGAAGACGGAGUGGACGGAGCAGCUGACGUCACGACUGACUAUAGACAAGCUGCUGCCAGGUGACAGCGGAAACUACAGCUGCGUACCAACUAUGGCUGAAGCAUCGUCUGUUAACGUGCAUGUCAUCAAUGGAGAACAUCCGGCAGCGAUGCAACAUGGGAAUGCAAAUACAGCAUCGCCGUGCGCCCUUUCAGUCAAUCUUCUCAUCUCAUUGUACUGCACUCUUGCUACUUUAUAUACAAGCACAGUGGAUGGAUUCAGAUGA